CAUGGCCUCAGGCAAGGAGUCCAGAGACAUGGGAGAAGGAUGCCCCUUACUCCGCGGCGUGGGCAGCCUUGAUGGGGCUACUCCUGUGGCUCCUCUCAGUGACUUCCAGCCACAGGAGAUAUAUGAAGAGUGCUCCGUGGCCAAAACAAGCAAAUGGUCACUGAAGUCAUUCUCGGACGGCUCCAGGAUUCAGACGGUCAACACUGGGAACGAGAUCCUGGAAGAAGCACAUGCCAUCAGUUCCCCGAGGAGUGUCUUCACGGUUGAGGAGGAUGGAUGGUUUCUGCAGACCGUGGACACCGAAUGGUCUUGCGAGAGUCCUGACAUCCAAGAGGCCAAGAUCCCAGAAGACAACACUAGGGAUCAGGAGCUGGACGUGGAGAGCUUUGUCAGUUCCCCGAGUGUCCAGAGGCCAAGCACCGUGUUGAGGAGGCUGCAAAACACCGCCGCUGACCAAGAGCCAUCCCUUGGAGAGAGUUCUUCCUUCCUGGGGGCCAAGACUCCACCCGCCAGCGUGGAGGACGAGGGGUCGGAAGGGGACUGUGCCACCAGUUCCCCCAGAGUCCAGAAGCCAAAGAAGUGGCUCAUCAAGAAGAUGAUGAUGAACACCUACACACAGCGGGUGGACUAG